UGGAAAGGAAACAUGGCGGGCUUUACGAAAAUUACAAACUAAGCCAUCAUUUGCGCGAAUUUUUCUGGAAGCCCAGAAGAUAUAGUUAUUUUAGAGCUUAAAUUUAGUAUUCUGGCGCGUUUCGUUUUCAAUCAUGUCUUCGAGUUUUGGAGAUUUGCUGCAGCAGGCAGAGCAAUUGACUGCCGAUAUGGACAGUGGUUGGGAAUUGCCUAGGGUCGAGAGAAACCUCCAUCAACUCGCAGAGGCUGGUCAGAGGUUAUGGUCUCAAACGACUGGUGUUUCUGGAGCUGAUGUUCAAGUGAAGGCGUAAGUGUGUUCAUUAUAUGCUAAACAAUCAAACAAAACUGGGCUUCAAAUAAACUAAUGACACUUCCUUAUCGAUCCGAGUCAGUGCCUCACACAGGACUUGAACAAUCGAUGAAAUCAUGAUCGGGAAUCUGAUCGAUUAAUCGAUUUCAUUCUAUUCAUAUUAGUUCAUUGUUAUCGAUUUGUAUCGGCCAAUCGAUGAACAAUCGAUGAUCACGUAGUAGUAAUUUAUGUUUAUCGAUUACCAUCGAUUGAAGAUGAAAUUUCGAUGCUAUCCAAUUGAUCGAUUUCAAACGAUUUUCGAUGAUUAUUGAUAAUCGAAAAGCUGUGCUAUCUAAUUGAUCGAUUUCAAUCGAUCUUCAAUGAUUAUUGACAAUCAACGAGAAUAAAAAGUUUCAGAAACUUUUGCAUUAACUGUUCAUUGAUUAUCAAUAUCAAUCACUUGAUUGUUAUCAAUUGUCAUCGAUUGUCAUCAAUUUUCAUUGAUCAAUAAUUUCAUUGAUUGUCCAGGUCCUACUCACAUUACAUCUGGUUUUUGUCCACAUCAGAUAAUACUGAGGCAUUGUUAUUUGUUAGGUUAGGAAGUAAGUAAGUAGGAUCAUUUGUUUAUUGAACAUGAUGAAAAAUGAAAGCAUUAUAUGCUUGAGGGGUCAUUGUUAUAGUAUUCAAUACUCCUUCUCUUUGUCACUGGUCCAGAGGGAGAUUAACACACAAUCAUCUUAUUUUUUCCACUUCAUUAAUGCCACCAGUAAUUCUCAAUGAUGUUUUGCACAGUAAUGGACAUUCCAGUUUUUUUGUAAUCAAUCCCCCAUCCCUCUUCUCAAAGGGAGGCCAAAUUUGUAGCUCACUAUAUCUUGUUGUUGACACCUGUAAAAGUUGCAUGCAAGGGGUAGGCCUUGUCCCAAACAUUGCCUUCCAUGGGAAGAAAGGUGGUUCAAAUAGGAAAAUGGAAUGUAUAUGUACUGCUUGGUAUAAAGUGCACAAGUGUCUCAUGUAUGUAGGUAACACCUGCUGCCCAAAAAUUCUUUGUAAAUGAAAUUGUGUGAAAAUAAAACCAAAAUGGUAACAAAGGCUAGUUACAACAGAUUAGUGAAAAUAGUGGUGUAAGUUUUCUAGUCCAAUCACAAGGUAGUAAAACAAAAACAAUGCAACUUGUGACUUUUGAUACUCAGUUGAAAAUUUCUCUCUAGAAAAAUUUUUUUUUGCCUUCUCAGUUCCAUUUUACUUGGCACCAAAGGCUUUGAUGUCCCACGCCUUUCAGAAAAACUAGAUCGUCUUGACACCACAAAGACAUUUGAACCUCUUGAGCCUGUUAGAGAGACUGAUAUUCAGGUAAAGCUUGGUACUGUCUGCUGCUAAUUGUUUUGUGUUUUUAGUGGAUUUCUGUUUCGUAUGAUACUCACUCCUUUGUGUAAAUUAUCCUUAUAAUUUUCAUUUGACAAUUAUCUCGCAGGGUUUCCUUCGGAAUGAGAGAGAAAAUGCAAUUUUGGCUGCCAUAGAGGAAGCAAGAGAAAAUGUGAGCUUCAUUAUUGUAUGGACUCAGUAAUUUUUCAAUCAACAGUUUAUUGAUACUGAACCCUUCUCUUAAAAUAUUCCUUUUACCAUUUCUUCAAUCAGACAUUUAAUCAGGCUGAAAGACAUCAGUGGUCCUGUAUGGAGAGUGAAUGGGAGAAAGAAAAGGAGAAAAUUCUCAACUCGCUACUAGGAGCUGGGCAGGAGACACUAGAUUUCUCAGGAGAAACAGAGGUUUGUUUUGAAAUAAUCAUCUUUAGUUGUAAUACUGUGUGCUAGUAAUGCUGCUUUGAACUGGGAUGCACUGCACUUGACUGACUGUGAUGUACUCUUCCUACAAUUUUUUUUUAUUAAUUAUUUUUGUUCUAUGCUAAGGUGUUCACAACAAGUUCUUUGAGUUUACAAGGUAGAAGUGCCCUUGAUGCCACAGAACAAGCAUAUGCCAGACAGGUGAAGUAUAAAAUAGCAAGUAAUGAUCUGUAAGUGCUGAUGCAAGAAAGCACUCAAGUAUAUAGAUUGUUGUUGACUUGCCCUUCUAAGGUUUCAUACACUUCUUAAUUUGAUCUUACUAUUUGCAGUCUUGUCAAACAGUACUCCAUCUUUAAACUAUUCUGACCCAUAGUCUUUGGUGGUUUGUUUUUAUCACCCUAGUGAUUACCUACCCAAGGAGUUUAUUAUUUUAAUUUCCUAUCAAUCUUUACCCUUUAACUCCCAUGAGUGACCAAGACAGAAUUUCUUCACAUUAUCAAUACAAUAUCAACCAGAUAAGUGAUGAGAAUGAAGGAAAAUAUUAAUUGAACUAACAUUAUAAGAAUUUUAUGGUUGACAGUAACAAGAAUUACAAAUUUGACUUGGCAGUUAAAGGGUUAAAGCAAUUGCAUUCAAACACAUCUUUCAAUUGAACUAAUUUUUUAUCUUGAAUUUCAUUACAGGUUUAUAUCCAUAAUGAAGCCUUCAUUCAGUCAGCAAGACACAACAUAGUGGAUGGAUUUACAGCGCUUAUUGACAGAUUUGAAGAUCCGGUGAAUACUACUUGCCAACCAUAUUGAUUGGAUGACUAGCUUAUUAUCACUAAUCUACAAGCUGAGUCAAUCUGAUUUUUCUCCAUUUAUUAGAUCAUCAAGGGCAUGUGGAUGUUUAUCAAAGAACUUGGAGAAGAACUUCAUAGGUCUCAUGGUUCCUCGCAUAUUCUGGCAGAGGAAGUUAGGUAAGUUUUUUUUUUAAUGAGCAGUUAAAUUACUUCAUGGGCAAUAACAGCUAUUUGUUUCUGGGUGAAGUAACUGCUUAAAUAGUGUAAAACUUUGAACAGUAUGAGCAAUAAGAUCCCCAGGUGUGUCUAGCACCUAAUUUCUCCUUACAAUAUAACCCUUGUAUCACACUUUGAGGUCAUGAGAGUAAAGGAAAUGAUCACAAAGAAAUUCUUGAUUGUUAAAUAAAUCCUCCUUUUCAGCUGCUGAGGAAAUGUAUAGAGAACAGUAUGGAGAAUAUACAUAGUGAUGUAAAAGUGUGAAGGGCUAAAUCUCAAGGCGUUGAAAAUGGCUAAUUUCAAAGUACCUAGCCCAUCACAACACAAAAUUCAACUUAAAAUUGAAAAGUUAAUCUGGGAAAUCAAAAUUCUCACAGUAAAAUCAAUAUGGUUACAGCUAAAUUGAAAUAAAGCAAAGUUAACAAACAAACUUACACAAAGGUCUUUGUUGCUGUAAGCUUGAUUUUGUCUUAACAAGGUGUUUGCAGGUUAAAGCAUAAGCCUCAUUAAGUCUCUGGAAAACCCCUCUUGUUAACUUUAAACUUUUGAGAGAGGGUAGAUCACUUUGAAGAAGAAGGUUGUGCACAAGAAGUAAUUUAGGUUACACCUAAAAUUCCUCUUUUAUUCUUUUCUUUCUGUUUUCCUCCUUGCUGACAGGUUUUCCUUAGAUUUUCAAGUGGCAUUUAUUAAAAUGGCCAGAAGUUUCUUGGAAAGAAGGUGAAUAUAUAAAUUGUGUUAUACUUUUUGAAGAGCACAUUCUCUUGUUAUUAUUUAUUUGUUAAUUUGGCUGAAGAGCCUGACUUAUCAUGUGUCUUAUUAUUUUAGAUACUUGCAAUUUGUUCAAGACAGUGUAUAUAGCAAUUUGCCUCGAGCAAAGUUGGGAGGAGUUCCAGGCACUCUGCAACUGGUCAAGAGUUUUUUGAAAAUUAAACUUCCUCCAGUUGUACAAGGACUUGAGGUCAGUUCCCCUGCAGGUUUCUGGUUUAACAUAUAACAUGUUAUCAGGGUUGUUAUUGCAAAAUGUAUUAGAUGUAUGAUCUGAACCAAGGAGACAGCCAAAUUUGUAAUUUUUGCUUUGCCCCACAGGAUGGUGAUGUUGAUGGUGCUCCUCUGUGGCCAUUAAUUUAUUACUGUCUGCGAUGUGGAGACCCUAAAGCAGCUUUACAAGCAGUGCAACAUGUGCCGUAAGUAGGAUUUUUUUUUUAAAUCAUAUACAUAUAUAGAUAUUAUUAUAUGACCAGGGCAAAUAAUCUCAUUGUUUUAGUACAAGUCUCCUAUUCUGUAGUCACUCCAAUUCUAAAAUGAUAGGCUCAGGUUUUUAUUUAUUAACAAAAAUGUGUUGCUUUCCUCAGUUUCUAUUGCAAAAUAGAUGACAAGGAGAGUAGCCAAUCAGUUUGCAACAUUUGUGAUUCAAAGCUUAUAGACUUAUAGUAAUGUAUGUUGGCUCUUUAAUCUAUGUGCAAUCACAUUUUUUUCUUUGAACUCCAGACAGCAUUUGGCAGAAUUUCGAGACUUUUUUGUGGAAUAUUUGAACAGCGAAGAGAGCAGGUAAAUGAUGAUAUGCAGACCUGCCACAUUGUGCCUGUUAACAUAGAGAGUGCUUUGAGUAAAAGAUUAACCUAAUCUUGGAAGUUGUCAUCUCUCCUUAGGCUCAGUCCCAGCUCGGAAAGCAAACUACGGCUUCAGUAUAAAAGAUCUAUUCGUACAAGUCAGGAUCCCUUUAAAAGGUAAAUUUUUGGCUUAGUGAUGUAUAAAAUCAGCAAAAUGGAAACUCUUCUUGAUUACAGUUUCUGAAAUACAUCAACCUUAACACUUGGCUAAUGACCUUUAGUCAUCCAAUUGGAUAAGAUUUAUUUGCAUAAAUAGAGCAGUUUAGUGGACCAGUUGUUGAAAUAAGUAUGAGUGUUUGUUGGGUUACAUUGCUUGACAGGGCCGUCUACUGUCUGAUUGGUCAGUGUGAUGUACAAACAGAUUCUCAUCAAGAAGUUGCCAACAAAACUGAAGACUACCUGUGGCUUAAGGUAUACUGGUGCAUUGUAUUGUAAGAAAUGGGAGAAAUGACAGAUGCUUUGAGAGGCCAAAUUUUAUGUUUCACAGUUCAUGUGAAGUAUUUUCCUUGACAAACUGGACAGAUAUUAAUGAAGAGUGUAGCCCAAAGGAUUAUGAAAAGGCAAUAUUAGAGACAUCAUGUCAAAACAAAUAUAUUGUUUACAAUGAUUGCUUUGUUUAUAUUUUUUUCUUGAUUGCUCUUUGAGAAUUGAGGAUUAUGAAAAUGUGUCUGUAACAAAGAAAGAUGAAACAGAACUGGUAUGAAACCAUUUUGAGCUAAACUUUGUUCUAAACUACAUGUACAUCAUGUUACACAUUGUUUGCAAGAAAUUGGUUUUAUUAAUGUUUCAUAAGAUUGUUAUGCUGGUUAACACACAUCGUAAUUAUAAUGUCAUUAUCUUACAGCUCUGUCAAGUGACUGUUAAAGAGGAAGAAGGGAAUAACAAUAGUGUUACCUUCCAAAGGCUGCAGACCAUGUUAUUGGAAGAGUUUGGUAUGCACAGUUUUCAUUAUGAAGUAUUAAUUAGUGUUACAUUAGAGUUGUGUAAAGUGGAAGGGGAAUAUUCUACAUCAGAGCUCCAUGUCUGAAUAUGAAAUAACUUAAACCAUAGAAAUUAAGGUGGCAAAUUUCACAACCUUUGAUUCCCCUGAGUUGCAUAAGUUGAGUCUUAGAGCCAAUAAAAUCAAAGCUAAACCUACCAUUCAGUCAACACAAACCAGACUUUCAACACUCAACUAACAACAACUCACAACUUGCACUCAGGUUGUCAAAACAUCAUUCACCACAUAUGACAACAGUCCUUCUCAGGACUUCCCUCACCUUGACGAUCAGGCAACGCCAUCAAAAUGAGAUUGCUUUACUGUAUUGCUUUACUUCAAAAUCGGAUCAGUAACACAUUUUGAUCUCCUAACAUUCUCAUUUCCAACAACAGUUUUAAGUUCUCUAUUAUUUUCCUGUCAGAAGUCUUGUUGUGUUCUAGUGUUUUCUGAUAAUUUUCUAAUGAAGUAAGUAGUCAUUGCUGUUUUCUUCUGGUUAGGUGAAGCACACUUUAAUGCAUAUCAAAAGCCUUUGUUGUACUUUCAAGUUUUGUUUUUGACCGGACAGUUUGAAGCAGUAAGUUGUUUUCAUUCUAAUAACUUUGUCAAAAUUCCACUCUAACAGUCUACCUACUAGUUUUUUAAUGUCCUGUUCUUUUUUAUACCAUGGUUUUUCAUACCUGUAACAAGUAUGAAACAGGUAUAACAACAAGUAUAACAAGUAUAGACAGGAAUAAUGAAAAAUCUUAGGAGCAGGUGGGGCAAAAUGAUACGAUUUGUUUGUGGCUAGAAAGUCAAAAGAUUGGUUUGCUAGAAACUGACAAACAACAAUACUUUCGGCUGAAUAGCAAUUUAUCCAUUGGAUAGCAUUAUCCACCUAGUCUUUGAACAACUGGACUCAGACGAUUGGCGUAAAUGAUAACCACCCAUGGUAUGAGGUUUCCUUUACACCUAAAUACUUUACUUACUUCCUGUUGUUUUUCCUAUCUCAGAGUUGUCAGACUCUUGAAGGUGCUAUCAUCAUUUUGUAACUUAAGUAUACUUUCUGUCUUACUGUUGUUGCUGUAAGUACUAGCAACACACCGUUGUAUUUUUGUGGGUGGAAAAUGCACAGUCAAGGAAUAAAGAGCAUUUUCUUGUGAUGCUAGAAGUUGCACAUCAAAUGAGGAACAGGGUAACAGUGUUAAACCUGUACAUGUAACUCAUCAGAUGAUUUACUUUCACUUUGAACAGGCCAUAGAAUUCUUGUCACGGGCGGAAGCCUUUAGAAGUCAUGCUGUGCACUUCGCCAUUGCACUCUUUAAGAUGCAUGUUAUUUUGUUGCCUGAGUCAAUCCAAGCACAACUUUGUAAGUACAGUGAUUUAAAAGAUGAUGAGAUAAAUUUUUAAAGCUAUUUCAAGCAUGGAUAGAUAAUUUUCCUCUCGUGCAACAUGUGAUAGCUUCAAAAGUACUUUGUAUCCCUUUUUGUAUGAAUAGCCCUAAACCAUGGAGUGGGCCCAAAAUUUUUGGGCACCACUACUGCACUUUUCUUUCAGCAGACUGGCCCCUUUUAUGGUUCCAUGAAUUUCAUAGUGCUUUAUUUUAUUCCCCCCUUACAUUGGCCUUUUGAUAUUCCUAAUGUUAUGCAUCAAAGAGUCUGGAAAUCAUCAGUUGACUCCUUGUUAAUAAUACGCAUGUGUUACUGACAAUUUUUCAACUAUGGUGGGUUUAUUUCAGUGACUUCCAGUCCUAGAGAUCCUCAACCCAACAGAAGAUUGAACUUUGCACGUCUGAUCAUGUCAUACACACGGAAAUUUGAGGUUACUGAUCCAAGAGAAGCUCUUCAAUAUUUCUUUUUGUUGAGGUGAGUUCAAAUUAGAGUUUUGAUUUCACUCUUCAUUGAAAUAAGAAAGGAUCAUUAUCCUGAAGGGUUCUCCAACUUAAAGUAAUGCUUUCUUUUUUGCAUGAAAUUCUUUCAUUCUAGUGAUAUCCAUUUUCUAAAUCAACAUAUUUUGUUGAUAAAAGUGGUAUUCUUUUCAAUUUUGAAAAGCCUUCUCUUAUAAGCAGCAAUUAUUUUUUCAGCUCUCAAACAUGUAAAAAAAACAACAACAAAACGUGCUAAUCCUUGUGUUACAGUGUUCACACCAAGAUUUCAUUUGCAUAUUUGUAGAGGAAAAGUAAAUUUUAUUGUUCACAUUUUACAAAUUUUUCAUCAUAACUGAUUGAUAUUUAUAUCUAUUGUAGAGGAAUGAACGGACCACAGGGAGAAGACCUCUUCAUGUCCUGUGUAAGUGAACUGGUCUUGGAAACUAGAGAGGUAAGUUGAUGAUUGAUGACUCCAUAUUGUGGAUUGUCUUAAAUUGUACUGGCAGAUCAACAGUCAGACAGACUGACUGACUGUCUGAAUGACUGAUGGAUAAGUAGGUAAUUUAGUGUUAACAACUGAGUUGAAAAGGUAAAUUGGCCACCAUAAAGGGUAAUGAUGUUUCAAGCAUUAGCCCUUCAUCAAGGCUAACACUCAAAAUGUUAGCUUUUUUACUCUUUAUGGUGGCCAAUUUACGUUUUCAACUCAGUUGUUAACACUAAAUUACCUGCUAUACUCUCCCACCAAUGCAGCACCACAGUUUCUAUAGGAACUUACCCCCUUUAUUCAUUUGAUAGAUAAGUAGACAGACAGACUGGCUGACUGACUGUUUGACUCUUAAUAAGGGGUCAUGUUUGUAAUAUAUUUUGAAUGUAAGUGUGUGUUUUAUUUGUUUUACUUUUAUUGCUAUCAUCUUCUGUUCACAAGUAUGAUAAAUUCUCAUAACACUACUGCAGGCAGAAGAUUAUUUUAAUCUGGAACUAAGACCUUGUGCCUUAAAUUACUUAAUGAGUUGGCUAAAUGACUAAAAGUCCUACUGAGGGAGUGGACUAAAUGCCCAAUUGAUUGUUUGAUAUAUCAGUCUAUAUAUCAACUGAUUAUUAUUUCUGUUUUUUAACAGUUUGAAAUGCUACUUGGAAAGCUAGAACCAGAUGGAAAGAGGAAGGUAAGAGAUCAAUAUUAAGAGAGGUACUAAAAGGAAAUGCAAUAUCUUCUCUGUGCAAUUAUUUAACUAAGAUUCUUUUACAUCUCUAGUUAAUACCUAUUGUUUCUUUUGAUAUACUUUUAGCCUGGUUGUAUUGACAAGUUUCACAGAGAUACUACAAAAAUCAUUGAAGUUGUGGCAAAGGAUUCUGCCGAAAAGGGUUUGUCUGAGGAGGCUGUCAAACUCUUUGAUUUAGCCAAGGUACAUGUGCACUUACUUUACACAGAUAUUUCUUUUACAAAGGACCAAUACUUCCUACAUGUUUAUUUGUGGACAUGAAUUUACCUAUAAGUUCAUGAUUCUUUGUUUUUUUUAUUUUUUUCUAUACAACAGAAUCAUGAUGGAGCCCUGGAGAUCCUGAACAAACUUCUUAGUCAGGUAAUGGUGUGAAAUUAAGACUUUGAUAUAAUCCAGGGAAGCCAUAGAUGUUUGUUGGAACAAUUCACUCCACUCUGGUGCCAAAGGCUGAAAAUAUAGUGACUGUACACUAUACUUUGCAAAACAAUUGAUUCACCUUUAAUACAGAGACUUGAAUUAGCAGAGGAACGAUGAAAAAUAGCUGGCUUUGGGAAUAUUUGUUCAAAAUUUUUAUCCCUAUGUUAGUAUUGUAAGCAGUUGUUUCUGUUCCUGUCCACCCUUUUAAAUUUUUUAUGUUGAAAACUUAAAGUUAGCUGCAUUUUCACUCUCCACCAACAGAAAGGUUACUAUGAUCAGCAAUUGAAAAGGUAUUAAUGUCAGAGUGAGUACCUACCAUGUAAGUAUCUACUUAUCACAAAGAAAUAUAUAUUUCCUCAUUUCUUUUUAGGUGAUCUCAGCAUCCAGUGGUGUUCAAUCUCAACGGGACAGACUACAUACAUUGGCUUUUGACUUAGCACAGAGGUACGUUUGUUUGUAAAAGAAACUAGGUCUGGUGUGCUUUCUGGUACACAUGUCAUUUUUCAAGUCAGUGUGCACAGUGUACAAUCAAAUAUGUAGGUAUUACAGAGUAUGAAUUUGUUUCUAUAGAAAUAGCAAGGUUCUGACAUUGUUACACCUCAUGAGAUGAAUCAAAUUUACCUUUGGGAUUUUAUUUGUAAACAUGUAUUCAUUUGCAUGACCUGAUCUGUUGUUUGUGUAGCUUAAAGCAGUGCAAUCAGAUGGUCAGUGCCACUUAAACAUAAGAGCAGAGCUCAUUAGCACUAAUCCGAGCCAACAUAAGUUAUUUAAUAAAUGUCGUAUUUGUGAUUUAAAAUUGCCACAUUUCAUGCCUUAUGAGUCAAUACUUUGUUCUAUUUUUGCCUAUAGAUACAGAACAUCGGGUCAUUCAGCAAGCCAAAGUAGAAUAGGCACAUUUUUCCUCUUGUUGGAUCUUAUGCAGUUCUUUGAUCUCUACCAUGCUGGCCAACAUGACACUGCUUUAGAUGUGAGUUUUGUAUUUGAACAGAUAUUGGCAGGGUUUUUGUACAUCUCCUGCUCUUAGAAAUCUGUUACAGAACAAAUAAACAACAAGCUAAGGCCAUCAAUAUCUUACAUAGAUUGUGUGCCAAAAGGGAAUCUUUUUCAAGUCAGUGCACUUUUUUUUACCCACUUUUUUCUUAUUUCUCUGUAAUUUGUUCACCUGAAACAAAUUGGCUGUUUCUUGAUCCUUCUAUUUUUUUUCCUUUUUGAAAAUUGGAAAUUCUCCAAAAGUAGCUGAAGGGGAAUUACUCAGUGAAUAGAUGGUAAUGAUUUCUACUUGCUACAACCAUACAAUUGGCAUUUUUUCUAAUUUUCUGGUUGAGAGUAAUCCUGGAAAGGACUGACUGAUAUCAGUGGCAGUGAGUUAUGUUGGACAACUUUAGCUGAAGUCACCAUUAGAGUUAAGCGUAAGAGGCAACCAUCCAAGUCAAAUAACACUAAUGAUGACCUCCAUUCAGGUUGUUAAGUCUACAGCCCCUGUUACCAACAACAGAGGGUUUCAAGGACAGCCUUGCCUCGUUGGUGUUCAGACUACACUAGCAACUGCUAUUCCUGAGUUCAAACCAUUUACAGUUUAGCUUAAUGUCUUUCUCACAGGUCAUGCAGAAGCUAAGACUAGUUCCCUUGGGGAUUGAAGCAGUAGAGGAAAGAGUGACAGCUUUCAGGCAGUACAAUGAUGAAGUAGGGAAAUGAAGAAGAAAAAAACUGUUUAGGAUCACAACUUCCACAUUUGAAUGUAUUUUCUUCAGUAAAUUACUCCUACCAAAGUUGUCUAAAGUUGUUGUCUAUGAACAUUCCUCCAGUUCCUAGGCAUCCAUUAUCUUUUAAUCAUAUGUUGGAUAAAAGAUUGAAAUUACUUUUCUUAAACUGAGUCAUUUCUGUCCUGGUGAACUGUUUAGAGUUGAUUUUUCAUUUGCAAUGAUAUUUGCUUAUUCGUGAUUUUUCCUUGACGUGUGAAGUAAUAAUUGUGUUCAUCUGUUGUUCGAGCAGAUACGACGAAACUUACCAGAUGUGCUUCUAGCAACCAUGAACAUCCUGUACACAAAGUAUCGUAACGCUAGGUAAGUGAUUUCACUUGUGAUAAUUCCACUUAGUAUUUGGUGUUAUUGUUUCCUGACUCGAUGAGAUCCUUUUUGGUCCAUCCUCAUCCCUUUUCAUAUGUCAGUUAGGGUAGUAGAGUAGGCAGACCAUUUGCUCGUCUCCACGGUGGCGCAGGCACAAUUCCUGAACCAAGUGUUUCGGGGAGUUUGAAUUUUGGUUCGUUUUGAUCUUUGCUAAGAGAAUUUUCUCCUGAUUCUUCAGUCUACAUCCCAUCGGAAUUCAACUCUGCAAAUUUCAGUGCAACUUGUAAUCAGAGAACGAAGAUCCGUUCUAUGGAUGUGCUACUGCUUAAUUGUGUUGAUGUUUUUUUGUAAUAUUUACUCGUACGUUUAUUUAUUUACUUAUUUAUUUAUUUAUUUAUUUAUUUAUUCAGAGGGAGUGGUCAGAGUCCUCUGACUGGUAGUCAGAGAAAUCUGAGAGAUGAUGGUGGACAAGAGAGGGUAAGGCUGCUUCACUACAAUAAUUUGCAUUGCUGGCUCAGCAAGAACUGGUUCACUCAGCCAGUGAUAUAUUUAGUUUCAUUUGCGUAAUGAGAUGGGAAGAAUGAGCUCAUUGCUCAUUACUCCCCUCCCUGGACAGAUUUGCAGGUUGCCUUGACAUCUGAUUGAUGCCCAUUUACACUCCUGGCUAGAAAGGAAUUAUGGGUUCAAACCUGGAUCACUCGAUCCUCUCGUGUGUGUGACCAAUGUGCACGAUCCUUAAAGUACUACCUCUAUAUACUGUUACACAUAAACUUGACUUGUAAGUGUUCAGUGGGAGAUUGCAUCCUGUUUAAGCUCUUGGUCAAUGGUAAAGUUUUCUGAUCUCUUUCAGUUUCGCGAUAUUUUGAGGCGCCAAGCGCGAGCCCUGAUCACCUUUGCGGGAUUAAUUCCGUACCGUCUUCCUGGAGACACGAACGCACGGCUGGUGCAGAUGGAAGUCCUUAUGAACUGAUACUUUAUUCCAAUGGUUUCCGAUGUGCUGUAAGUUCAGUACUGAAUAGGAAUUGAUAGACGAAAGACCUCAGGCGCGGGUAUAAUCCAUCGUUGUUUUCAACCUCUGUAAAAGCAGUUUUAACCUAGGGAGAGUUGUUGUGAUUUAUCGGUAGGUUUUCUCUGUAAGUGUUAUUAGCCUGAACACAAAAACGAAAUUGAAUUGUGACAGCCAUAGUUUGCCUGGCCACGCCUUGAACCACAAAGUGCAUGAGGACUAAGAAGACUUAAAGCGCUUGAUACUUCUUUUGAAAAACUCUACCCAACGGUUACUAUGUCUUAAAGCGUGCGAGCAGAGUUCUGCCAAACGUCUCGUAGAAAGUUUUGAUGGGGAACUCAAGAUUUUUGAGUUGAGAUUUACGUGUGAAAUUCCCGUUCUCAUCUUUCAGGCUGAAGAGGCAAGGAGACUAAAGUAAAGACUAGAUUU